GCGCGAUUGUAAGCCUUUCAUUUGUGUGUGUGAGUAAUGUAAAAGCGAAGCCACAGGAUCGAUUACCCUGUACUUUACAGUUACCGUUACUGCUGUAGUAGGCCGCCUCGUAGAGAGCAAAAAAAAGUAAAACUCUUCAGGUUGAAAUCCAGGACAAGCCGCCAUGCGAUUCGCUCUGGCCACCGUGGCCAUCAUCUGGGCUCUCUUCGUCCUGGCCGACGGAGUGGAUCCCGGGAACUUCAAGACCUGCGAGCAGAGCAGCUUUUGCCGACGCUCCCGGAAGAUUCAGGGAUCCGGCAGCAAGUACGCUUUAAUUCCCGGCACCUUGAACACCUAUGCGGAUUCGUUGACCGCUGAUCUCGUAAACAAGGAGAAUCAUCACCAGUUCGCCUUCAAGCUAGAGGCUUUGGAGGGCAGUACCUUCCGCCUGCAGAUCGAUGAGAAGCAGCCACUCCGACCACGAUAUCGCGUCGAGCACGCCCUUAAGGGCCCAACCCAGGCCGGACGCAUUCGUGUCCAGCGGGAAACAGAUGGAGAGAUCGUUAUCACAUCGGAGAAAAACAAGGCUGUGAUCCACGGAGACCCGUUCCGCAUCGAUUUCUUCGAGAACGACGUGCUGGUGGUCUCGGUGAAUGCCAAGAACUGGUUGUACUUCGAACAUCUGCGGCAAAAGGCCCAGGAACAGACUCCCCAGCCGGCCGAAUACGAGAACCAGCAGGAGCAGGAUGCCGCUGUGGAAACUCCCAAAGCAGCAGAUACCAUCGAUGAUCCUGGUGCAUGGGAGGAAAACUUCAAAUCACACCACGACUCCAAGCCCUACGGUCCAGAGGCUGUGGCUUUGGACUUCUCGUUCCCCGCAGCCGAGGUUCUAUUCGGUAUUCCAGAGCACGCAGACAGCUUCAUACUGAAGUCCACCUCGGGCACGGAUCCGUAUCGCCUGUACAACCUGGAUGUGUUCGAAUACAUUGUGGACAGCAAGAUGGCCCUGUAUGGCUCAGUGCCGGUGAUCUAUGGCCAUGGACCGCAACGCACUGCAGGCGUUUACUGGCAGAAUGCCGCCGAAACCUGGGUGGACAUUCAAACCUCGGAGACGAAUGUUGUAUCUUCGCUGGUAAAUUUUGUAUCCGGCUCGCGGAAGUCCCCUCCUCCGGCUGCCCACUUCAUGUCGGAGUCGGGCAUCGUGGACGCCUUCAUCAUGCUGGGUCCCAAGCCCAUGGACACUUUUAAGCAGUACGCUGCUCUGACUGGAACGCACGAGCUGCCUCAGUUAUUUUCUCUAGCCUACCACCAGAGCCGCUGGAACUACAACGACGAGAGGGAUGUGACCUCCGUGUCAGCGAAAUUCGACGAGCACAACAUACCCAUGGACACCAUGUGGCUGGACAUCGAGUAUACAGAUGGCAAGCGCUACUUCACCUGGGACAAGUUCAAGUUCCCGCAGCCGCUGUCGAUGAUCAAGAACCUUACAGAGCUGGGUCGCCACUUGGUGGUGAUAAUCGACCCGCACAUCAAGCGGGAUACCAACUACUUCUUCCAUCGGGACUGCACGGAUCGUGGCUACUAUGUGAAAACGCACGAGGGCAAUGACUACGAGGGCUGGUGCUGGCCGGGAGCGGCUAGUUAUCCGGAUUUCUUUAAUCCCGUGGUCAGAGAGUACUACGCCAGCCAGUACGCCCUAGACAAGUUCCAAACGGUCACCGCAGAUGUGAUGUUGUGGAACGACAUGAACGAGCCGUCGGUAUUCAACGGCCCUGAGAUCACGGCGCCCAAGGACUUGAUCCACUAUGGCAACUGGGAGCACCGCGACGUGCACAAUUUGUACGGUCACAUGCACUUGAUGGGCACCUUCGCGGGUCUGCAGCAGCGCGAUCCCAACCAGCGGCCCUUCAUCCUCACACGGGCCCACUUUGCUGGGUCCCAGCGCUAUGCUGCCAUUUGGACGGGUGACAACUUUGCGGACUGGUCGCAUCUACAGCACUCAGUCAAGAUGUGUCUCACAGAGGCGGUGGCCGGCUUCUCCUUCUGCGGUGCCGAUGUAGGUGGCUUCUUUGGAAAUCCAGAUACCGAGCUGCUAGGGCGCUGGUACCAAACCGGUAUCUUCCUGCCCUUUUUCCGGGCUCAUGCGCACAUCGACACUAAGCGCCGCGAGCCAUGGCUUUUCCCAGAACGCACUCGCCAGGUGAUCCAAAAUGCUGUGCUCAAGCGUUAUUCAUAUCUGCCCCUGUGGUACACCGCAUUCUACGAGCUGGAGCUGACUGGAGAGCCAGUCAUUCGCCCACUAUUAGCCCACUACCCAUUGGAUAAGGAGGCCUUCGGCGUUGACAGCCAGCUGCUGGUGCAAGAUCGCCUGCUUGUAAGACCCGUCAUGCAGCAGGGCGUUAGCAAGGUUGACGUGUACUUCCCAGCAAUUGAUGACAAAAAGAACGGCGACUGGUGGUACGAUGUGGAUACCUAUCAGCGCCAGGAACGAUCCGGCUAUGUGUCGGUUCCUGUAGAUGAUUUUAAGAUCCCCGUUUGGCAGCGUGGUGGCAGUAUUGUUCCGAAGAAGGAGCGACAGCGUCGUGCUUCAACCUUGAUGCUGCACGAUCCGUACACACUGAUUAUCUGCUUAGACCGACAGGGCAAGGCAUCCGGUUCCCUCUACCUGGACGAUGAGAAGUCCUACGCGUACCGCCAGGGGCAGCGCAUCCACGUGAACUACGAGUUCGCCAACGACCAACUGGUCAAUAGCUUUGUUGGCAAGCCCAAGUACAAGUCCCUUGCUUGGAUCGAGCGAAUCGUGAUCGCCGGACUUGAGAAGGUGCCCAGCAGCGCCAGCAUCACGGUGAAUGGCGUUAGCCAGCAGUUGGAGGUGCUCCAGCAUGAUCACUCCGUCGUCGUGCGCAAGCCGGGCGUCAAGAUGGACGUCGACUUCGCCAUCAAACUCAACUUUGCGUAGUCUGUAGCCGCAAAAUGCGCCACGUAUUAAAUUUCUAUAAAAUAUUUUAAUUGUGUACACCUUUAAAAUUGCUAUUAAAUGUUUUAAGCAUCCCCAA